UUCCACAUGGAAAAUUAAAAACAGUUACAUUAAAUGUCUGCUGAGAUGUUAUUGCCAAGUGUAAAUUUUCUUUCUUCACCCUUUCCUUGUUAAAAAUCUAGGAUUGAUUGCGAUAUUUUUUUGCCUUUCCUAUAUUAGGAUAUUGACUUUCUCUGGGUUUGAGCUUCAUUUUUUGAGGAAACAUGAAUGCUUUAGCAGCAACAAAUAGAAACUUUAAGCUGGCAGCUCGACUGCUCGGUUUAGACUCUAAGCUGGAAAAGAGUCUGCUAAUCCCCUUUAGAGAAAUUAAGGUAGAGUGUACAAUACCAAAAGAUGAUGGCUCAUUGGCAUCUUUUGUUGGAUUUAGAGUACAACAUGACAAUGCUCGCGGGCCUAUGAAAGGCGGAAUCAGAUACCAUCCUGAGGUUGAUCCGGAUGAGGUAAAUGCAUUAGCACAGCUAAUGACAUGGAAAACAGCAGUAGCCAAUAUACCAUAUGGUGGGGCUAAAGGGGGCAUAGGAUGUAGCCCUAGUGACCUGAGUAACUCUGAGCUAGAACGACUUACUCGAGUAUUUACUCAAAAAAUACAUGACUUGAUCGGAAUUCACACAGAUGUUCCGGCGCCAGAUAUGGGAACAAAUCCACAGACAAUGGCAUGGAUUCUAGACGAGUACUCAAAAUUUCAUGGUUAUUCACCUGCAGUGGUAACCGGAAAACCUAUUGAUCUUGGUGGAUCCUUAGGUAGAGAUGCAGCUACCGGAAGGGGUGUUCUCUUUGCUACGGAAGCGCUGCUAAAAGAGCAUGGCAAGAGUAUUGCUGGGCAGUGUUUUGUUAUACAGGGAUUUGGGAAUGUUGGUUCCUGGGCUGCAAAACUUAUCAAUGAGCAAGGUGGUAAAAUCGUUGCAGUAAGUGACAUAACAGGUGCCAUAAAGAACAAGAAUGGACUCGACAUAGCAAGCCUACUCAAACACGUGAAGGAAAAUCGUGGAGUUAAAGGUUUCAACGAUGCACGUUCAAUAGAUCCAGAUUCAAUACUGGUAGAAGAUUGUGACGUUCUUAUACCAGCUGCCCUUGGCGGAGUAAUCAACAGGGAUAAUGCAAAUAAUAUUAAAGCCAAAUAUAUUAUUGAGGCAGCUAACCAUCCGACUGAUCCAGAAGCUGAUGAGAUUUUGGCAAAGAAAGGAGUUGUCAUCCUACCAGAUAUAUACGCUAAUUCAGGUGGUGUCACCGUUAGUUAUUUUGAGUGGGUUCAGAACAUCCAAGGCUUUAUGUGGGAUGAGGAUAAAGUGAAUGCUGAGCUGAAGACAUAUAUGACAAGAGGCUUUAAAGAUGUUAAGGAUAUGUGCAAGACUCACAAUUGUGAUCUCCGAAUGGGCGCCUUCACAUUGGGCGUUAAUCGUGUAGCUAGAGCAACUGCUCUAAGGGGAUGGGAAGCUUGAGAAUGAGACACACGGUGGCUUGUCUGUAUUAAGUUUUGUGUUAAGCAUAAUUUUGGCAAAAGCUUUAUCCAUUUGAUGUUCUGGGUUGACCUCCACCUUUUUCGCCUUCUGCCCUUCUUUUUUUUUCCUUGAUAAAUCUUGUAAACUAAAUGUUCACCCAAGGACAAUGUGGCUUCUGAAUAAUAAUGUAAAGCAUUGAAAGAUGCACUUUGCUUAAUCUAAAUCCGCAAUAUGCAAACUA